GUUCCGGGGAAGCGCGGACCAUUCUUCAGAUAAAGGAAGCGCUAGAACUGUGCUGUGAACACGGUAUCCUUUGUGUCCAUUAUUACAGGCCAAAUCAGAUUAAGUCUGAGGCCGGUAACAUCAACAGUGAGGACAAACCCAGCCUGCCUCUCUCCUUCCACACUGAGUCCAAACCUACAGUCACUGGGUCCUGAUUGUGACAGUGGAGCCCAGUUUGCUCUGCAGGAUCCAGAGAUGGCAUCAGUGAAGCUGGAAGACUGCAGUCAAACACUGGAGCUGAAUGUCAACAUUAAAGAUGAAGAAGAGGAGAAAUCGGUUUCUCUUAGACAACUGGAAUUAAGUCUGAGGCCGGUAACAUCAAUAGUGAGGACAAACCCAGCCUGCCUCUCUCCUUCCACACUGAUUCCAAACCUACUGUCACUGGGUCCUAAAUGUGACAGUGGAGCCCAGUUUGCACUGCAGGAUCCAGAGAUGACAUCAGUGAAGCUGGAAGAUUGCAGUCAAACACUGGAGCUGAAUGUCAACAUUAAAGAUGAAGAAGAGAAGAUUGAGAAAUCUCUUUCUCAAGGAGACCAUGUUGAGACAUUCUCUACAUCCAGAGAGAAACAGCAGGAAGAUCACAGAGCUAAGAGGUCUCACCACUGCCCACAUUGUGAGGAGAAGUUUUCAAUUCUAUCAAAGCUAAAAUUACAUGUACAAAUACACAUAGGAGAGAAUCUGUUUUCCUGUACUGACUGUGGGAAGAAUUUCACAACCUCAAAGGCUCUGACAGUUCAUCAGAGAGUACACAGAGGAGAGAAGUCAUACCCCUGCUCUGACUGUGGAAAGAGUUUCUCUCAACUGUGCACCUUAAAAAGACAUGAACAUAUACAUACAGGAGAGAAGCCUUACUCCUGCUCUGACUGUGGGGCGAGUUUCUCUCAACUGUACAACUUAAAAAGACAUGAACGCAUACAUACAGGAGAGAAGACUUACUCCUGCUCUGACUGUGACAAAUGCUUCAAAAGAUCAACUGCUCUAAAGGUUCAUCAGAGAACACACACAGGAGAGAAGCCUUACUCCUGCUCUGACUGUGAAAAAUGCUUCAAAAGAUCAACUGCUCUAAAGGUUCAUCAGAGAACACACACAGGAGAAAAGCCUUACUCCUGCUCUGACUGUGGAAGGAGCUUCUCUAAACUGUACAACUUAAAAACACAUGAACGUGUACAUACAGGAGAGAAGCCUUACUCCUGCUUUUACUGUGAAAAAAUCUUCAGAACAUCAUCUGAUCAAAAAGUUCAUCAGAGAACACACACAGGAGAGAAGCCUUACUGCUGCUCUGACUGUGGAAAGCGAUACUCUCAACUGGGCCACUUAAAAACACAUGAACAUAUACAUACAGGAAAGAAGCCUUACUCCUGCUCUGACUGUGAAAAAUGCGUAAAAACAUCAGCUGAGCAAAAAGUUCACCAGAGAACACACACGGGAGAGAAGCCUUACUCCUGCUCUGACUGUGAAAAAUGCUUCAAAACAUCAACUGAUCGAAAAGUUCAUCAGAGAACACACACAGGAGAGAAGCCUUACUCCUGCUUUUACUGUGAAAAAUGCUUCAAAACAUCAACUGAUCGAAAAAUUCAUCAGAGAACACACACAGGAGAGAAGCCUUACUCCUGCUCUGACUGUAAAAAAUGCUUCAAAAGAUCAACUGCUCUAAAAGUUCAUCAGAGAAAUCACACAGGAGAUAAGCCUUACACCUGUUCUGACUGUGGAAAGAGUUUCUCUCAACUGGGCGACUUUAAAACACAUGAACGUAUACACACAGGAGAGAAGCCUUUCUCCUGCUCUGACUGUGAAAAAUGCUUCAAAACAUCAACUGAGCAAAAGGUUCAUCAGAGAACACACACAGGAGAGAAGCCUUACUCCUGCUCUGGCUGUGGAAAGAGAUUCUCUCAACUGGGCCACUUAAGAAGACAUGAACUUAUACAUACAGGAGUGAAGCCUUACUCCUGCUCUGACUGUGGAAAGAGUUUCUCUCAACUGGGCGACUUAAAAACACAUGAACGUGUACAUACAGGAGAGAAGCCUUACUCCUGCUUUUACUGUGAAAAAAUCUUCAGAACAUCAACUGAGCAAAACGUUCAUCAGAGAACACACACAGGAGAGAAGCCGUACUCCUGCUCUGACUGUGGAAAGAGUUUCUCUAAACUGGGGGACUUAAAAACACAUGAACGUAUACACACAGGAGAGAAGCCUUACUCCUGCUCUGACUGUGGAAAGAGUUUCUAUAAACUGUACAACUUAAAAAGACAUGAACGUAUGCAUAUAGGAGUGAAGCCUUAAUCCUGCUCUGAUUGUGUAAAAUGUUUCACAACAUCAACUGACCUAAAAGUUUGUCGGAACACACACUGGAGAGAAGCCUUACUCCUGCUCUUAAUGUGGCAAGAGUUUCUCCCGAUUGGGAAAUGUAAAGACACACCAACGGAUACAUAGUUGACCGAAGCCUUAUCAAAGCACUGACUGUGAGAAGAUAUUCUACAGAUCGGGCCAUUUAAAAAGACACCAAUGUAUACAUAAAGGAGAGAAGUCUCAUCAGUUCUCUCAGACCAGCUAAGAUUAGACACUCCACUUAAUUCUCAUGUCAUUAAAUAAUUGGCAACAUUGAAUUGGAUCAAAUGAAGCGUAGAACACUGUAUUGUAAAAAUAAUAAAUAAAAAAACAUUUAAGGACACCUGCUUUUUCCAUAGCAGAACAGGUGGGCUAAGGAAUGAAAAGACUGGACGCUGGAGAAUUUGAAAAACAUACUGCCUGGUCUGAUGAAUCCCUGUUCCUGCUGUUUCAUGCUGAUGGGAGGACUGGGGUAUGGAGGAAACCACGAGUACAUACAUCCAGUGGUGGAAAAAGUACCUAACUGUCAGACUGAGUGAAAGUAAUGAAACCUUAAUAGAAAAUUACUGAAGUCAAAGUGAGUCACCCAGUAAAAUACUACCUCAGUAAAAGUCUAAAAGCUUUUGGUUGUAAAUAUAAUUAUGUAUUAAAAGUAAUUGCUAAAAUAUACUCCAUCAAAAGUAAAAGUAUGAAUAAUUUCAAAUUCCUUAAAUUAAACAAACCAGACUGUACAACUGCGUUGUGUUUUUUUAAUAUUACAGAUAGCCAGAUAGCCAGGGGCUCAAAACUCAGACAUAAUUUACGAAUGGUGCAUUUGUGUUUAGUGAGUCUGCCAGA